GCUUCUUCCUCUAUUCCGACUAUCGGGGUCUCAUAUAGGUACGCCUGCUCUUUCAGCUAACGUGCGCCAUCUUGGCUAGCGUGCACCAUGGGCCUACUUGACCAGCUGUGGGACGACACCCUCGCGGGACCGCGGCCGGAUAACGGCCUCGGAAAGCUCCGGAAGCAUUCGACCUUCUCCUUCAGAUCGAACUCCGCCAAGGAAUCUGAUGGCGGGAACGCGAGAUCGUACGGUGAAGAUCCUUCGGAGGAGGCGAAGAGAGUCACGCGCAGCAUCAUGAUAAUAAAGCCACCUGGGUACCAAAACGGGUCUCCUCCGGCGUCGCCCGCGGGAUCUACACCUCCGGUGUCCCCUUUAUCUGGAGGUAGAUCAGAGUCGUUUCGAUUCAGAAGAAGGUCAACCUCGGACGCGUACGAGAAGGCGAGCCCGGUUGGACCAAGGAGCACUCCUUCUUCUUACGACGUGUGAGCUGUGAGCCUGUUUUUCUCGUACGUACGAUGUAAGCUGAAAAAAGCUAGCUGUUGGGACUUUUGUAUGUGGGGUGUAUGCAUGAUGUUGUUAUAUGUGUAUUUAGGUAGGUGGGUAUGCGGCUGCUGUAUGGUUUGUUUAUGUAGCUUUGUAGAUAAUGCUAUGUAGCGAACCUAGCUUGUAAGAUCAUCGACGUGAUCGAUCGUGUAGAGGUGGUGGUAAUGCAUGUACUACGCUGUCUGUAUAUACACUACUUUCUGUUGUGUCGUCUGUGGUUUGUUGUGUGUUAAGAGUGUUUGUUUUGUUGGAAUAAGAAAGAUCUCUCUCUCUCUCUC